UCAUCAGCUUUUUGGAGUUAGGCAAUGCAGUAAGAUGUUGAAGCUGUUAAUAAUACUAGGAUGCACAAGCUUGAAGUUGGUUUUUGCCCGCAUCGCGAUCAAUCCGAGCAAUUGCUUUGCGAUGCUUGACGAUAAGUGUCCCAAUCCGAAUAUUACCUUCUGGUUGUAUCAAUCCUCCAAUCCCGGUGGCAUUGAGUUUACCGAGGACUAUAACUUCAUGCCUACAAGAAAGCUUCAUGUGCUGAUACACGGUUUCGUUGGUGAUCGGAAUGCGUCGCCGAAUCUUCAGGUGCGACCGGCAUUGCUGCGCGAUUACAACGUAGAUGUACUCUCCGUAGACUUUGCCAAUCUUGUGGUCGAUCCCUGCUAUAGGGAAGCUGUGCAUAACUCACAUUUUGUGGGUCGUUGCUUGGCUCAUCUGUUGGUUCGCAGCGGCGCGAAUAUAUCGGAUACGCAUCUGAUUGGAUUUGGUCUGGGAGCACAUGUGGCUGGAUUUGCAGCGAAAAUGUUGGCAGCGUUGAACAUACAAGUGAAACGCAUUACAGCGCUAGAUCCCGCUAAGCCGCUAUUCCUCACAAACAGAAUUGAAGAUCGCCUGGACAAAGGCGAUGCCGGCUUCGUGGAUGUGAUUCAUUCGGAUGUUUUUCUGCAUGGUCUAAUGUCGCCGAUCGGACAUGUGGACUUUUUCCCCAACAAGGGCGUCAUGCAGCCCGAUUGUGGCCCCAUUAGCCAGUUGACUACCUAUGAAUGCUAUCACAGGCGUUCCGCGGACUACUUUGCGGAGUCAUUAACCACUUCCGUCGGCUUUUAUGGCUUCCGUUGUAAGGAUAUGUUGAGUUUCAUCACGAACGAGUGCCAACCGAGCCCCCAAGUGGAGGCACUUGGUUACUAUGCAAAGUCCACGGCACGCGGCUCCUACUACUUGGGCACCAAUGAUCAAUCGCCCUACGCCAGUGGCAUCAACUUUAAUAACCUGGACCGCACUAUGCUCGGUAAAACAUUUUUAGGCGACGCUCUUAUUAAAGAACUGUAUUACUUUGCUGACCGGAAGCAAUGAGAAUACAUUCA